AUGCCGUCCGAGAUUGUUUGCCAGCCGAACGUCCAAGAAGACUGGAGCCAGCCAAACCAGUGGAAUAGACUCGAGGCGAGCCAUGCUUUCGGUGCGGACGAGGAGGAGAUGAUCGUAACGCGGCAGGAGCUGGCCGACUCGCCGAAACCGGACUGUGAGACCAACUUGUCGAACACUUCCGACACGUCAAUGCUGGCCAGGCUGAAGCAUGUGCGCCAGAGAAGGAGUCGCAAGAAGCAGAAGACCCACUUGCCCAUGCAAUUCUCUGUCGACAUCACCUCCUCCCUUCGGCUCAAUCGGCCGCAUGACGCAAAGAUGAAGUCUGCCGGUGACGAAGAACAGCCAAGUCCAUUAGCCGAUUCUGACUCGCUGGUCCUGACGGAGGAGGACACCACCAUCAUCACCGUCGAGAGUCUAUUGCCAUACAUUUGA